AUGUUCCGCGCUACGUUCGUCGCUGCUAUCGCUUUCCUUGCCUUGACCGACAUAACGUCGGUGCAAGCACAAAACGAGGCUUGCGGUGAUUCCUCCGUAGAGCUGCAAGUUGGCGAAUACUACAAACCCUCUGUUACUGAGGGAUCAGGAGUCCCUUAUACGACGGCUACUUACCGCCGUUCACCAUGUCCAGCACUCAAUGCGCUUGCCAACCACGGCUAUCUGCCUCGUAAUGGUCAGGACAUCACGAAAAGUGAGCUGAAAGCCGUGAUCAUGGAUGUGCUCAACAGUGCGAAUGAUACGGCAACUGUACAGGUCAAUCCAGUGCCGGAGAUUUUCUCACUUGACUACCUGAGUCGCCACGUUCUACCGGAGCACGAUGCUUCUCUGGUACGCACCGACGUUUACUUUGGUCACGAUCCGAUGGAGAUUAACACCACACUUGCUGAAGACUUCCUGGCGCGUGGUGGUGCCAGUGGAAAGAUCAACACGACUGCGGUGGCUCACGCUCGCGCGGACCGAGUGACGAUGUGUGAGGCCAUCAACCCCGAGUGCACGUUUGGUGCCAACGAGAAGCAGACGGCAUUCCUGCAGGCGGCACUACUGCUUACGGUUCUUGGUCAAGGUGACUAUAUCUCUGUUGACCACGCAAGAUCGUUCCUAGUCGACGAGAAGAUCCCCAGUGACUUCGUGAAGGCGGCGGAACCAGUAUCGGUAGCGACGCUCACGGCGAAGUAUGUGGAGCUAGUGUCACAGGCCCCUUAAAAUUCACGUAGUAACUUACUGAAGGCGAGGAAAACGAUAAGAUGACAAGUAAAUCGGAAAAUUUACCACAUGACG